CUUGAUCCAUUUCUCCUCGGUCACUGAUUGUAAAGAUAACUAAUACAACAGGAACUACAAGAUAGUUGCCUACAAAGACUUUCCAGUUUUAUCGUAAAUUCGUAAAACAUAUCGGGAUUUAGAUGGAAAUACUUCUCAAAAUAACAUACCAAAUACACGUGAGAUGGAAUUCGGAAUAUAAAAUUUCAUCAGUGAUCUCUUGUUUCGACUAUGAAGUGGAUGUAGUCGAAUGGGUUUGAUAAGUAUGGGGCUGAAAUAAUGAAAGGUCUUUAUAAUCUGUCGUCUGAAAAUAGACGUACACGCUUUCAUUUAUUUCUGUUACUCGAGUGUGGGUUGGUAGGUAAUUUCAUAUUUGCUUGCUGUACACAGAAUAAUAACUUUUGCACCAAUAUAUCUAAUUUAUUUCUUCCAUCUAGGACUGAUAACUUGGAACGAUGUCCUCAAAAGACCCCAGAAACCAAGAUCUAGCCUUUUGGUUUUGGAGUUUUGUUUAGCACAUCAGGCGGUGAAUUACUGAGAUUCGGUUUUAGAACACACACUAUUAGCAACUACUGAUUCAUACAAAUCAAAAUCAGAUCUUUGCGGUACAAUAAAACUAAAAGGUUGACAAAAGUUAUCUGACCUUCUGUCUUCACCAUUAGAGACUGACGUAUACAUCUUGAUGGAUUGAUCACUCCUACGAUUGUUUCAUCAAUAAUACCGAAUUAAACUCCACAACAACUUCAUAUAAAUUUAUUCAAUCAACGUUUUUUUGAAACCUUAUUCCAAUGAAAACUGUCAACAUUUUAUAUUCCCAGAUCUAAGUAUACUUCUGUGUCUUCCUUACCUAGGCGUUGCAUACUGUAUAGAAUUAAAUAAUCAAGUCAUCCAGUGGUUGAAUUCCCACAUAUCUACGAGGAGCACAAUAUUUACGCAUGUUUCUUAAAACAUUUCAAGACCUAAAAGAUAUAAUAGUUACCAAACCCGGUGUUCAUGAUGUUUAUUUGAAAACAACUGAACCGGUUUCAGAAGAAAAAAUUCAAAUAUGGGAGUCGCUUAACAACUUAGCUUUGCCAAAUGAUUUAAAAGACUUUUAUCUGACUACUAAUGGCAUCGAGCUUGGAUGGUACAGUAUUUGUAAUGAAAAAACAUCUGUAGCUGGACUAAUCAAAAUAAAUAAACUAGAGGAUUUCAAAUCCAUAAAAUUAAGUUGCGUAAAUCUUGAUGGAGAGACAAAAAACGACGAUUUUGAGGUAUUUGUAAACAGUCUCCUGGGCCCUGGAUUCAAUAGAUGGCCGACUAGUUAUGAACUAGAAAAGUGUCUGAAUGGCACGACGGUUAUUUUUGUUUUUAGUGAUAACCAAGAAGGUGUUUUUAUUUUAAAUAAUGAUUUGAGUAUUCACAAGAUUUGCUGCACAUUCCGUCAGUACAUCAGAUUAGCAGUUGUACAUCUAGGCUUACAAGAUUGGCAACUUUGGUACACUGACGAUGAUCCAAUUCCAAGUAGCCAACAAUUGUGUUCUUUAUACACACCUGAACGUUUGUUUCUGAAUACACGUGAAUCUCACGAACAAUUUUCAGCGAACUUAGAAGACUGGGUUCCUGUUUCCCCUAACUCCAGGAAACUACUGAACUUUGAAUUUUCUAGUAGGAUGAAUCGUUCUAAUUCUUUUGGAAAAACUACCAUUCAAUCCGAUACGUCGAACAAACACGGAAGUUCUAUUGACUUAUGGAAUUCAAAAUCAAAUGAUAUUGUGAAUACUGGUAGAAGGUCAAAAAAAUGAAAACUAUUGAAUAUGUGUUUAUUUAUUAAUUCAUCUUAAGGAUUUUUUUUUGUAAUUAUUAAAUGAUCUUUGACUUCAACAAGUAUUCGUUAAGUCGAAUUAUUUAGAAUCAUUAAUAUAAAUUAUAUUUCGAAA